GUGGUUCAGUCCUCAGGAGCAAACAUGGGGACCAUAGGAUCAUGGAUCAUCUUCCUGACGCUGCUUGUCGGCUCAGUCUCUCAGAUAGCUAACACAAAUAAGAUCGGCCGAGUGUGCACGACUUGGGGUCGUUACCACUGGAAGACUUUUGAUGGAGAUUUCUUCCAGCUGGCCUCCAGCUGUAACCAUGUCUUGGUCUUCGAGUGUAAAGACAGCUACAAAGAGUUAAACCUCCAAAUGAGGCGCACAGUCAUCGAUGACAUCCCCACCAUUAGCAACAUUAUCAUGACGCUUGAAGGCUCUGUGGUGGAGCUGUCCAACAGCUCAGUGAUAGUCGAUGGCAAGACGGUGUCUCUGCCACAUGUCACGUUCGGCGUGAGCGUCAUGCGGACGGAUUUUAAUAUCAUUGUGGAAGCUAAGCAGGGAAUUAAAGUGACCUGGAACCUGGACGACUCCCUGGACAUUGAAAUUGAUGAGAAAUACAAGAACAAGAUAUGUGGACUCUGUGGAAACUUUGAUGGUGUGCCCAAUGAUUUGAUGAAAAAUGGCACUCGGCUGUCUGUGAGCGACUUUGCUGACACCCACAAGGUGGAUGGGCCAACAGAGCAUUGUGAGGAGCCCGCACUCACCCCAGUCCAGAGCUGUGACGAUAAGGGUCAAGUAUGUGGUAUGUGUGGAAACUACGACGGUAACAGCAAGAAUGACUUCACCACACGCUCCAUGGAGAAAGUUGCAGAUGUUCUACAAUUUGCAAACAGUUGGAAGGUUUCAUCCGACUGCCCAAAUGCCAAACUCGUCGAUGAUCCCUGUGCCUCAAACCGCUAUCGAGCAGCCUGGUCCCAGAAACAGUGCAGCAUCAUUAUCAGUGUCACCUUCCAGAGCUGCCAUUCAAAGGUUGACCCUGGUCCAUACUUUGAUUCUUGCGUGAGAGACUCUUGUGCUUGUGACUCUGGUGGGGACUGUGAGUGUCUCUGCACUGCUGUGGCUGCUUAUGCCAAAGCUUGUAAUGAAGCUGGGGCCUGUGUUAAAUGGAGAACUCCAAAGCUGUGCCCUGUUUUCUGCGACUAUUAUAACUCCCCUGGUGAAUGUGAGUGGCAUUACAAGCCUUGUGGAGCUGACUGCAUGAAGACAUGUAGGAAUCCUUCAGGAAACUGUUCCACGCUCAUCACUGCGCUCGAAGGCUGCUAUCCACAGUGUCCCCCAGCCCAGCCCUACUUUGAUGAAGACACCAUGAAGUGUGUCACCUGGCGUCAAUGUGGCUGCUAUGAUGACAAAGGCACCCACUACAGCAUUGGAGAUAAGGUUCCAUCAACCAACUGUAACACUUGUUGCUGCAACUACAUUACAAGCAAACACGACAUUGGGAACCACAUCUGCAGAAGUAUCCACAUCACAAGCAACAACAUUGGAGACAGGUACUACAUUGCCAACAAAGUCUACAACUAUAACUUCAGGAGCCACAGCUGA